AUGGCAACGUUUGUUCCAACUCUACACUUGCAGACCUACCCGGCACUCUCGCCAACUCGCCCCGAGCUAUCUGCAAAGGGCAAAUCUGUGCUUGUCACUGGAGGCGGAUAUGGCAUAGGUCGAGCAGUUCCCGAUGCAUUUGGAGCCGCUGGAGCUGCUCGUGUAGCCAUCAGUGGACGCACUGAGUCUAAACUCAAGGCUGCUGUCGCCGAGCUCAAACAAGCAUUCCCGAAAACCGAAUUCUCGUAUUUCGUUGCCGACAUUAGGGAUACGAAUGCCGUGAAAGCCAUGUUCAAGUCAUUCGGGGCUCCUGAUGUCUUGGUCAACAAUGCUGGAUUCCUUGUCGUACCAGAAAUUUUCAAGACGGUAGAUCUCAAGGAGUGGUGGGAAGGGUUCGAGGUGAAUAUUCUCGGCACAGCCAUCGUCACCCAAGAGUUCCUCCGCGCCAAACCCGAAGGCAAAGAAGCGGUUGUGAUCAACGUCAAUACCAUCGCGGCUCAUCUGGGUACGAACUAUCCGAAGCUUUCAGCUUAUAGUUCGAGUAAAGCUGCUUUGGCGCGAUUGUCCGAGUCACUUCAAGCAGAGACUCCCGAAGUCCGCUUCGUCUCGAUCCAUCCAGGAGCAAUCGAUACGGAUAUGUACGUAAAGUCUGAGAUGGGACCUUUCGACAUGACCGAGGUAGACUUGGCUGCCAAUUUCAUGUUGUGGUUGGCCUCACCUGAAGCAGACUUUUUGAAGGGGAGAUUCGCGUGGGUGCAUUGGGACAUUGAUGAGUUGAAGGCGAAGAAAGAGGAGAUUCUGAGCGGAGAUCUGUUGAAAUAUACUCUAGGUGGAUUCGAUCCUCUAGGCGGAUUCAAUUGA